GUGUAUUUUCAUUUAUCAAAAAAAGAAUGAAAAACUUCAACAAAAACAAGACUUAAGUGUUGUUUAUUGAAAUACAACUUGAAUUUGAAUAAUACAAAACAAUAAAAUGCAUGACAUACUAAUAAAUAUCACCGAGGACGAAAAUAUCAUUCAGAUUAUACAUCUACUGAUCGACCAUUUCCUGGAAUUACCAAAAUCAUCUGCAACCCGAUCCAAGGUGGCAUCUGCUCUGAAAGUGACCAACCCAGCAUCGGAAGAUUUAACCGUUACCCUUCGGUUAUUGGAUAACCUAUUUCGGCAGUACUGCCUGUCCGAGAUCGACGAAAACGAACUCAAGUCACACUUCUCCAAUUUGAGUUCAUCGAUGCAAACCGCCCUGAUCGCAGCGAUUAAUCUUCGGAAGGAUGAGAUCGGUCAAUUUCUUAUCAACGAAGUCAACGCCCAAGACAAUUUACUGAUGGAAUCGUUCGAUUGGGACGUCAAGUGGAUCAUGGGUAAUAGUAGCUUGGCUUCGACGCGGGAGCAGAUCGCAACGGUGGCGCUCAACUGUAGAGACAAAAACCAGCAGUUGAAGAUGGUGCGAUUCGAGAUGAAUCGAGAACGGUUGGCUGAACUGAUUGGGGUUCUCGAAGGGUGCGAAGGAAAUGAUGUUGAUAUGUGAUAAUAAAAUGUACAGAUGAUGUUGAAAUAA